GUUCUGACUGACCAAUCACAGCGCUCGUUUUCGGUGGUUCAUUUAGCCUCAAUUUGGAAGUAGAUCCUGUGUUGGCGAACCACAACAGCCGAGGCAGUCAAAGAACUGGAAGGAAGGGGACGGAUGAGAAACCGCGCUUGGGGUUCCUGCUGUAGGGUUCAUCUCCGCCACUGCAAUAAAAAUAGAUCACGUCGGCACAUCAGAAGCGGACAACACAGAUGGACCAGCAGGCCCAGCCUUACAUGCUUGCCAGUCUGACACGGCCGCAUUCGGAGCAGCUGCUGCAGGGCCUCCAGCUGCUCCGGCAGGAUCAUGAGCUGUGCGACAUCGUGCUGCGUGUGGGCGAUGCCAAAAUCCACGCCCACAAAGUGGUCCUGGCCAGCAUCAGCCCGUACUUCAAAGCCAUGUUCACGGGCAACCUGUCGGAGAAGGAGAAUUCGGAGGUGGAGUUCCAGUGCAUCGAUGAGGCUGCCUUGCAGGCUAUCGUGGAAUAUGCCUACACCGGCACAGUUUUCAUCUCCCAGGACACAGUAGAGUCGCUGCUGCCGGCUGCCAACCUGCUGCAGGUCAAGCUGGUGCUGAAGGAGUGCUGCGCUUUCCUUGAGAGCCAGCUGGACGCCGGCAACUGCAUCGGAAUCUCUCGCUUCGCCGAGACGUAUGGCUGCCACGACCUUUGCCUGGCCGCCACUAAGUUCAUCUGCCAGAACUUCGAGGAGGUGUGCCAGACCGAGGAGUUCUUCGAGCUCACGCGAGCCGAGCUGGACGAGAUCGUCUCCAACGACUGCCUGAAGGUGGUGACCGAGGAGACGGUCUUCUACGCCCUGGAGUCCUGGAUCAAGUACGACGUGACCGAGCGGCAGCAGCACCUGGCCCAGCUCCUGCACUGCGUGCGUCUGCCGCUGCUCAGCGUCAAGUUCCUCACCCGCCUCUAUGAGGCCAACCACCUGAUCCGGGACGACCACGCCUGCAAGCACCUUCUCAAUGAGGCCCUCAAGUACCACUUCAUGCCUGAGCACCGGCUCUCUUACCAAACGGUGCUGUCCACCCGGCCCCGCUGCGCCCCCAAGGUGCUCCUCGCUGUCGGGGGCAAGGCCGGGCUCUUCGCUACCCUGGAAAGUAUGGAGAUGUAUUUCCCUCAGACGGACUCGUGGAUCGGCCUGGCGCCCCUGAGCGUGCCCCGCUACGAGUUUGGCGUGGCCGUGCUAGACCAGAAGGUGUACGUGGUGGGCGGCAUCGCCACGCACAUGCGCCAGGGCAUCAGCUACCGCCGGCACGAGAGCACGGUGGAGAGCUGGGACCCAGACAGCAACACCUGGUCCACGGUGGAGCGCAUGGCUGAGUGCCGCAGCACGCUGGGCGUGGUGGUACUGGCGGCCGAGCUCUACGCCCUGGGCGGCUACGACGGCCAGUACUACCUGCAGUCGGUGGAGAAGUACGUGCCCAAGGUGAAGGAGUGGCAGCCGGUGGCGCCCAUGACCAAGUCCCGCAGCUGUUUCGCCACCGCCGUCCUGGACGGCAUGAUCUACGCCAUCGGGGGCUACGGCCCCGCCCAUAUGAACAGUGUAGAGAGGUACGAUCCCAGCAAAGACUCUUGGGAGAUGGUGGCUCCAAUGGCGGACAAGAGGAUAAACUUUGGGGUUGGGGUCAUGUUGGGGUUCAUAUUUGUGGUUGGUGGACAUAACGGGGUCUCGCACCUGUCCAGUAUUGAGAGGUAUGACCCGCACCAGAAUCAAUGGACGGCGUGUCGGCCUAUGAAUGAACCCCGGACAGGGGUGGGUUCUGCCAUUGUGGACAACUACCUCUAUGUGGUUGGAGGUCACUCGGGGUCAUCCUACCUUAAUACCGUGCAGAGGUACGACCCCAUCACGGACAGCUGGUUGGACUCCAGCGGCAUGAAGUACUGCCGCUGUAACUUUGGCCUGACCGCCCUUUGACCACCGGCGAUGUGGCUGAGAACUUCAUAAGGGAAGGCAGGGACUUUCAUUUCCUUUUUAUUGUUUUCCCUUUACGCUCCGUGGGGCCGAAGAGGGAAGUGGGCUGGCGUGGAAACGGAAGAGGAAUGCAUCUCACGUAAAAGGGCCCGAAACGGGGACCGUGGAGAUGGCUGGCGAGAUUGUGUUGAAAGGGGCCGAGGGGUGCAAAAGAGGCAGUGUCCUCACCGCUGCUGGAUUCGGAGAAAGGUUUUGAUUGGCUGAGCCAUUUGAUAGAGGAUUGUGGGUAGAGCUCUGUCUCUUGUAUAUCAUAUAUAGGUGUGCGUGUACGUAUGUACAGUAUAUGAGCAUACACAUGUACACACAUACAGUCUUUAGCAUUAUUGUUUGGGUUGGAACGGGGGCAGUGCCCUGCCAGGAUGCCAAGUGAAGCGCACAGCUGAUGGGAAAUCAGCUCUGAGGGGGUCUGCCUGCCCACAGAAUUAUUUUUGUGUCACAAUGACAUUUUUGUUUGUUUAUUUGUUUUUCUAUUAAUCAUACUCCAAUUUGUAUUCUUUUUUAAGGUUUCCCUGCCGUGAGCAGAAUUGUGUUCCUGGCUUUUUAGUUAAUCCUGUGUGUGUGGUUGUGUGUGACGCGUGUGUGUGACGCGUGUGUGUGACGCGUGUGUGUGACGCGUGUGUGUGACGCGUGCGCGUGUGUGUGUGUGUGUGUGUGUGUGUGUGUGUGUGUGUGUGUGUGUGUGUGUGUGUGUGUGUGUGUGUGUGUGUGUGUGUGUGUGUGUGUGUGUGUGUGAGUGAGUGAGAGAGAGUGACAUGCUCAGGCAAGGUCAGUGGGAUACACUGAAUAGGCGACAUCUGCAUCAGUGAACCAGUGCUUCACAAAAUAUCUUUAUAUUCACUUAAAAAGGGCUGCCUUUUUCUCUCUUGUAAAUAGAAUCGAAAUAUAUAGAAAUAUAUCCUCUAGUGCAUUGCCUGUAAAUGUUUUCUGCACUGGGUCAUGCAAGGGGACGUGUGUGUGUGUGUGUGUGUGUGUGUGUGUGUGUGUGUGUGUGUGUGUGUGUGUGCGUGUGCGCGCCUCAGUCCAUCUUUAUUAACUACUGUAGAUUUGGAGAGACCGAAAAAGUAAGUCCAAUGGCCUCUCCACAGAGUGCCAAGCCACCAGGGCCCACACAGGCCAAGCAAUUUCAAAUGGCUCCCCCCACCCCAGGUGGCCGGUGACCACUGCAUGAGCAGUGGCCUCGAUCAGUUGCAUUGUAAGAAGCUUCUAUUCAGUUUCCCACUGGUAGGCCACCACACCCAACCCCCACCCCCCCAAGUUUGCUGUAGUUUCACAGGUCUUGAAUAGUGAUAAUGAUGUUCUUGCCACAGAGUCGCUGUGGAAGGGGGUUUUGUAUGUAAUACUCUUAUCUGGUGCUAUCUUAGGAUUCAGGAUUAAGCUGUCAAUGAUGUCUUUAUGGCGUGUGAUGCCGCACUCUGCAUGAUUAACUUUUUGUUCGUCUUGGGUCUUUUUCCUGUUUUCUUUGUUUAUGUGUGUGCGUGUGAGUGUGUGACUGUGUGUUUGUAUCUGUGUAUUUCAGAAGCUCCAAGUUGACAAGCUGACCCCAUGCAAUAAAGCACUAUACUUAGCAGCAAGGCAGCCUAACUGAUUGACACCCAGAAAGCUGCAGAAUUUCAUGAGUUCCACUGAGUACCUUGACCUCCACGGUCAUUUUGAGCAGCGGGGUUCAUUGUUGGACCAGAUUUAGUACAGGCGCAGACCGGAAGGCUGCCCAAUCUGUUCUGUCAGGAGCACAUUCUUCCACUGUGCAGUCGGCCACUGGAUACUAGUGGACAUGCUCGUGUGGACUUCUCUUAAGUUUCUUCCUGGUCGCUCACUACAUACAUCACUCAUCAGACCAGUGUAGACUAGUUCUGCACCCUGCUUUGAAAGACCAGACCCUGUUCUCAUGAGUCUGACUUGGCUUCAGCACGUGAGUCUGUGUGCCCCCCCUCCCCAGCUUUGCCACGUUGUUGCCGAGGCAUUCGCCAAUCGCAGAGGGAUGCCCAGGGCUGGGGGGAACCGCCGGCAUGCGCACGCACACCUCUGCGAGAAGUGCCAAAUAUGUCCCACUUUCGCAAGUCAAGUGCUACUUCUCCCACCCUUCGCUUCUGUCACGAGGGUGAUGCUCCGGUUGCUUCAUCAGAGCCACAAAUAGGUUCCCUUCUUUGCCAGAGGCCUCCCGAAACUAUUAUUUAGUAUACGUUUAUGGUAAAAGGCUCUGUAGAAAGCUGAGGUGGGUCUCAUUGCAGGGUGAAGGCAGCAGUAAGAUCUCUGUGUGGUCUUCAGGAACGUACAGGGGUGGCCACCCGGGAGUGAGAGCCACAGUCUGCUAGUUUCCCUUGUUUCUGAGAAAGUGACAGCAGACCCUAUGACUCGAAGACCCUUGAACUACAGUUAGGAAGGCACAGGAAGUCCUAGUUGUGUUCCAUAAAAUAUUAUGGGGGAGAGGCACACCUGUUUGCAUAAAACACUAGUGGGGUACAGUGACAAAUUUCCCCACAAAUUGUGAGCGGGGCUGUCACAGCACCAGCAACAAUGGGGAACUGCUGGGCAUCAUCUUGGAUCUUAUUGGGGGUGGGUGCAUUACAGACUGCAAAGGGCCACAUCAAACAUUUAGAAAGUGUGUCUGCUUUGUACAUAGAUGUCUGCACGUCUGGAAUCGUAUCACAGCUCAACAUUGCACUUACCAUUCAAAUGAAUACUAUGUGUAUUCUGUACAUACUUUUGAAUUGGGGUCAAUAGCAUUUAGACAAUGCAAUAAGCCUUUACAUGUAGAUGAACUAGUUUGAGGUUUGACUUGAUUUCUCUCUAAGCCAAGGUGUUUCUGUCAGUCCUAUGACAAAUUUGCGUGUGGCAUGUCUGUGUGUAUGUUCAUAUAAUGUAUUUGUAGGAUAAUCUAUUGAAUGAGAGCUUUUUUUGGAUAUGAAUAUCAUCUCAUCUGUAUAAAAGUAAUUGGAGUUUGCCUUUAGAAAAAACAGCGCUGUCUCUUUUUAAAGCAGUGGAAGGGAGCAGUUGGAAACUUGGGCCCUGUCAAUGUAUAUACUUUUAUCAUGCAGAUAGACCAAAGUUAUCUAAUCUGUUUAGUGCAGUCACCCUCAUUUGGCACACCUGUAUAUUUCUCCUGGACGUGCUUCCUAAUGGCAUCAAGUGCAUAGCAAUCCACUAAUUAAAUCUAGUUGAGUGACAGUGAGGGUUGGACGCAGAAUGGUGUAUAACAAUUGGGUUGAUGUGUAUGUCCAUUUCACAGGGGUGUGCUUUGCUGUCAAUCCUGAGACUAGGUCCUUAAAGAACUCCUGAACUGAGCAUAGCCAUGUUUGUCUUUGUUUUUGAAAAAGCGUCACUCUUCCACACAACCACAACAGCAAGGUCUGACUCCAGUUAAUGUCUCAUGACUGCAAAACCACCACUUUUCUGAAUCUGGGGUGGGCCAAAGUUAUGCCUUUGGACUGGGAAAGGCACUCUUUAUUCAUUCAAUUUACACUAUUUUUACAUCCGUUACCUAAUCCUUUCUUCCCGUUGUGUAUGUUAAGCCAGUACCAGAGUAAUGUAAUGGUAGGAUGCAGUAAACUACAGCAACUGCUGCUGACAAAGCAGUUUAUCUGGCCUACUGUCACUGUUAAGACUAGUGCUUCAGAAAGUCUUAUUUUCCUUGCAUUUCCCCUCUACCUACAAGCAAUGGUGGUAUCAUAACAACUGUCUAACAUAUUCAAAAAUAAAUCAUAGUUGCUGUGCAAUAACUUUUAGAUUAAAAGUUUAAAAUGUGGAGGGAUGAAAUCCAGAGCUAUUGUAUGUACACUGUUCUUGUAGCUGAAUUGUGUAAGCUCAGUCUUUAAGCUCAGCUCUGGUUUUCAAUAUACUCUCUUGUUUAAGUCUUGAAAGAGUUUUUGAGAAUUAACCAUCUCACUUGUUAUCCAAGGAGCCAAUUUUCUAGCUGAUGCUAGCUUUAAGAAACUAAAAGCAUGCUUGACCAGUCUGGAUAUUUGUAUUGGCCAGACCCAAAUCUGACAACAGGGUUUUUUGGGGGGGAAAUGUUACGUAGAGGCCAUUAGUCUAGUAAUAGUUUGAUUGUGAAAAUAACUACGGCCCUCAAGUUAACUUGGUAGACAUGACUAUUUGUAUAGAAAUUGCCUGCAUUUUAUUUCCCCAUUGUCCCUGAUCAAGUAUGGCUUUGGACUUGUGUUCAGAAAGAAGCAAAAAUAUGUAAUGAAAGCAAGUCUGUGUACCUGUGGAAAAUGUAGAAAUGGUAAACUCACAAGCUUUGUGAACCGUCACUUUUUUUCUAAUGCCGACUCAUUCAAAGCCCUUGUACUAACAACCAGACAUGGCCAAAAGAAACCUCAUGUAGUAGUGGCCAUUCAAAUCCGCAAUUUACACUUUUUCUCAUUCCUUAAAAUUCUGAGUUACUGAACUUGUAGGAAUAUUGAUAAUGCCAGUUACUGGAAAAAAAGUGUGUUUUUCCCUGCUUUUGAGGAGGAUAUUUAUAUUUAUGGCCAUAUGUGGAAUCAGAAAAAAAAAAAACGUGAACUGCAAAAAUGAUAGACUGUGUGCUACUCUGUAACACCAUGUACAGAUGUAUUGUAUAUAUUAUUUUGUUAUAUAAUGUCAUCCCUGUUUUGCCAUCGUUUUCACCGAAGUGCUCAUUUUUACUGAAGAAUAGAAACGGAAGAAAAAUAUCAGGUCUGGGAAGGACUGUUUACAUUACGUUUGUAACACUGUUCUAAUGUUUGGGGGAAAAUAACCUUUGAAACUGAUGUCACAGUUGGCCAAAUGACCACCCACCUCAUCUUGCAAUUCCCGUAGGUGUGCCCGAAUUGCAAGUGAGGUGAUGAUCCUGAAUUUUAUACCUGGUGGAUUAUUCCUGGAAGUAACAGAUAGCUUAUAUGUAGAAGCCGUACACCCCCCCCCCCCCCCAAUGUUUUAUCAAGCUUUGACUGAACAUGCACCCUAGCCAGUUUUUAUUUAUGUGUGGUUCGAUUGUACCCAGUUCAAAAAACUAAAUAAAUGCCUGCCUUAAAAA